AUGUCGGCCUGGGGAGCCCUGAGGUCCGUCUUCCAGAUGCUUUCCCGGAGGAAGGCGAUUGCCCCCGGCAGCUCCGAGGGAUCUGCCCUCCGCCGCUGCCUCUCCACCCUGGACCUCGUGGCGCUGGGGGUGGGCAGCACGCUGGGGGCCGGGGUGUAUGUCCUGGCAGGGGAAGUGGCUAAAGCCAGCUCGGGGCCCAGCAUCAUCAUCUCUUUCCUGAUCGCAGCCCUGGUCUCCAUCCUGGCCGGGCUGUGCUACGCGGAGUUCGGGGCCCGCGUGCCACUGACUGGCUCGGCGUAUCUCUACAGCUACGUGACGGUGGGCGAGCUGUGGGCGUUCGUGACCGGAUGGAACCUAUUGCUGUCCUAUGUCAUCGGGACCUCCAGUGUCGCCAGGGCCUGGAGCGCCACGUUCGAUGAGCUCCUCGGUAAGAAGAUGGGGAGCUUUUUCGGCACCUACCUGGCCAUGGGUUCUCCCGGGCUGGCCAAAUACCCGGACAUCUUUGCUGUCUGCCUCAUUGCUAUGCUGUCAGGGCUCCUUUCCUUUGGCGUGAAAGAGUCCACCACGGUCAACAAAGCCUUCACCGCCGUGAACGUGCUUGUCCUGGCAUUCGUGACGGUGAGCGGCUUCAUCAAGGGGGACGUGAGGAACUGGCGGCUGAGUGUGGACGACCUGAGGAGGAUGGCGGUCCACGCAGCCAGUAACCAGUCCUUGGCAAGCAAUGGGACAUCAGCGUUCGGGGUUGGGGGCUUCAUGCCCUUUGGGUUCAGCGGGACGCUAGCCGGAGCCGCCACCUGCUUCUAUGCAUUCGUUGGGUUUGAUUGCAUUGCCACCACGGGGGAGGAAGUGAAACACCCGCAGAAAUCCAUCCCGCUGGGCAUCGUCAUCUCCCUCCUGGUCUGCUUCCUGGCGUACUUCGGGGUCUCGGCUGCCCUGACGCUCAUGAUGCCCUAUCACCUCUUGGACCCCCUGAGCCCCCUGCCAGCGGCUUUCGAGUACGUGGGCUGGAACGCGGCCAAGUACGCAGUGGCCGUGGGCUCGCUGUGUGCCCUGACCACCAGCCUGCUGGGCUCCAUGUUCCCCAUGCCACGCAUCCUGUUUGCCAUGGCCAGAGACGGGCUCCUUUUCAAACCUCUGGCUAAAGUCAGCAGCCGCCAGAGCCCCGUGGUCGCCACCCUGGUGUCGGGGGCAGUGGCAGCUGUGAUGGCCUUCCUGUUUGACCUGAAAACCCUGGUGGACAUGAUGUCCAUUGGCACGCUGCUGGCUUACACCCUGGUCGCUGUCUGCGUCCUCCUCCUCAGGUACCAGCCUGCAUCUGACUCGCAGGACCCCCCGGAUGCCAAGGGGGUGGCCAGAAGGCUGCGGCUGGACUUGCUCCUCCGUCCACCCAUGCGUCCAACCCCGCACUCCUACAGCCUGGUGUCCUGUGCCGUGACACUCAUCGCCCUGCUGGUGUGCGCGGCGAGCGCCGUGACCAUGGCUGGGCAGCAGUGCCUGGUCUCUGGGGAAGCCUGGUGCAUCGCUGGUCUGGUUCUCCCUCUCCUGGGGAUUUUGGGGGGGUCCCUCGUCAUCUGGAGGCAGCCUCAGAGCAAGAGGAAGACGUCCUUCAAGGUUCCCUGCCUGCCCUUCCUGCCUCUGCUCAGCCUCCUUGCCAACAGCUACCUGAUGGCCCAGCUGGGCACGGACACCUGGCUGGGGUACGCGGUGUGGAUGGCGAUCGGUUUCCUCAUCUACUUCGGCUACGGCAUCCGUCACAGCGCCGAGGGACGCAAGGCAGAGUCAGAAAGCGCGGCCGGCGAUGCAGCUGAUGAGAUUAGGAGGAAAAACCGAGUCUAG